CGCAAGACAGGCGAGCCGCUCCGUAUUCUCGAUAGAGGGAGCGCAAUAAACCGUGUUGGCGAGUCUAUUGGAUUCACGAUGAUUCCUGGAUUCGUGGAUGCAUAUGUUGCGCUCGUCGCGUUUGUUGUGAGAUUCGAACUUGCAUUGGAUGUUGUGGUUGGAGUUAUAUCUGGGCGAGUAUCAUGCUUACGUGCUGUAGGACUAGUAUACAGAGGCGAAUGAAUGGGCGGGAUGUGGUCACUCGCGGAACCCAUACGGAUUGUCCCAUUAACUGUCAAGUAUUUCGAGGGGAGCCGUAUGAGGCGCAGAGGUAUACGGAGGCUAUUGGGGAGUGUCAGAGUUUAGAAAAUAGGGUUGUUCGUGAGUGUUUCCGUCUUAUCUCAUUUCAAAAACCACGUCUUGUUUCAAAUUUCCAAACCAAACCUGUGUUUCAUUUUGAUCGUGAGCGCAAAUGCCGAUCGCACCUGUGUCUUCUGGUCGGUUAUUUGAUCGUGUGUCGCGCAUCAGGAGGGGACAGAGUAACACUAGUGAUUUGUGGUGUUCAUCACCUAUUAUGCGUAGCUCUACUUCCCUCCGUCGAACCUCGGCGGCAUAUACUGUGCAAUCAACCAAAGCCUCGUCGAUACCGAGCAAUGAGCUCACUGAAAUUGUCGAUGAACCUGAUGCCAAGGAAUUGGUAGGCACAGAGCAGGCAAAAGCACGAUCCUGCGCCUCUUCUACCGCUUCUACGAACUCCAACCCGGCUCAGGGCUGUAUCCUGAUCGACGGUCGAGACAUCCGCACAGUAACGCUCUCAGGCCUGCGUCGCGCAAUAGGCGUCGCACCUUAAGAUCCCGUGCUCUUCAACGCCAGUAUCGGGUAUAACAUCGCUUAUGGCCGACCUUCUACCAUU